CAGCCCGCCACAGCCCCCUGAGUGAAUACACAGGAAAUACAGCCCUGUCAGUCUUCAGAGAGCUCUCAACAACGAAGCACAUCCAGCUGGAGGAUACUCCUUUCUGGACUUUCACUGCCGAGUCCAGUGGAGAUUCGUACAGCUAGACCGUGGUUGAGCCAAGGACAAAACCCAGAGACCCCACCACAUUGGAGUCUAGCAUAAACGAGUGUAACACCCAGGUCCAAAGACGAGAUUAGUGUCUAAUGGCGGGAUCGGAGCCCAUAACAGGAUCUUAACUUCUCUACCAGCAGAGUCAACUAGACAGUGCAGCAACUGGCCUCGGUUGGUGUUGGAUGGUUGGAGCAACCCCAGGUCCAGCACUGAAUUGAGUGGCUGUAUCAGCAGUUAACUCACCAAUUACGCCACCGCAGGAAAGAGGGGAGUAAACCCAGAGGAUGGACAGUGCUGUAUGGACAGUCUUAAUCUUCUGUGUGUCCUCCCUGGGCUGCAGCAGGGGCUGUGUGCGGACUGAUCCCGCACACCGGGUGCAGGAGGGGGCAGAUGUACGUCUGGCCUGCACGUUCUCCACCUGUCCGGGCCCCUUGGACCACACUGUCCACGUCGACUGGGAAUUCAACGACACGGAUUUUGUCUUCUUUUAUUAUAAAAAUCAAAGUGUUGGGAAAUGGCGCAACACAGAAUGGGUGGGGGACAUUUUGGCAGGUGACUUCUCGGUAAUCUUGCGGUCCGUGACCGAACAGCACACCGGGACCUACACCUGCUCCGUGCGUCCUUUGAACAGUCUGGACAUCUACAAAAACCACACUCUGCUCACCGUCGCCCGCAACAGAUCAGGCAGACGCUUUAUGGUGAACUCUGCCCCAGUGGUGUCAUCACUUUUGUGGCUGAUCCUGGGGAGCUGUGCUGCAGGGCUGGGGCUGCUGGCAGCAGGAUGCAUCCUGGGAGUUGGAGUGUACUGGAGGAGGGGACAGGACCAGCAAAAGAACCACGGGAUACCUGCACCCACCGAAGACACACAGCGUCCUCACAAGAACAAGGACACAGACUGCUAUGUGACACUACAGAGGGGCCAGGCCCCCCCUCCAGUGCCCAAAGAGGAGAGCAUCUACAUCACCAUGCACGGCCGACCGGUUCCACCCGCGAUGCAGUCCCAGCAAGGCCACAGCAGGAAGGCCAUCCCAACGGUGUGGUACGCUCAAGAAAACCCUCCCCACAUACAAAAGGGGAACCCUCCCUUCCUAUGUCCAAUCAGUGGUGCCGCUUCUGCCCUGUGAUUGACCAAUCCGGACCUCCGAAGGAGAGAUCAUCGCAGCUGCGAUUUUCUGAUUAGUGAUCAGAAAGAAGACAAUGAUGCUGGUCAGAAUUUAGCCUUUGGUAGCAUAUACACUCACCAAGCACUUUAUUAGGUAUUUAUUAGACUUAUUUUUUAGACUUCUACUGCUGUAGCCUAUGCACUUAGAGUUAUGAUGUGUUGUGUGUUCAGAGAUGCUUUUCUGCAUACCACUGUUGUAAUGUGUGAUUAUUUGCAUUACUGUCACCUUCCUGUCUGGCAAUUCUCCUCUGAUGUCUCUCAUUAACAAGGCGUUCUGUCUGCAGAACUGGUGCUCACUGUUUUUUUUUUUUUUCACCAUUCUUUGCAAACUCUAGAGACUAGUGUGCAUGAAAAUCCCAGAUGAUCAGCAGUUUCUGAGAUACUCAAACCACCCUGUCUGCCACCAACAAUCAUUCCACAGUCAAAGUCACUUAGAUCAAAUUUUUUUCCCCAUUCUGAUGAUCGAUGUGAACAUUAACUGAAGCUCCUGACCCGUAUCUUCAUGAUUGUAUGCAUUGCAUAUGCUGCCACACAAUUGGCUGAUUAGAUAAUCGCGUGAAUAAGUAGGUGUAAUAAAGGAAAAAUGUUCCUAAUAAA